AAAUGAAUGCCAUGCUUGCAUGUUCCGCCAAGCGAACUUCUACUUCGAGCCGACGAUGCAGAUCAAGUGGUGGUCUAUUUACCCGUUCCGUUCUAUUAGUCGGACAUAUCGGGAAGGUACUUACUUACUUACUUACUUACUAACUUAGUUCUCGAUAUGCAUCGCAUUAUAUAUUUCUGUAUCGCAACGCACAAAUAACGUCGCUUUUCUCUGUACGUUGCCAACACAGGCGGUGCGGUACUAUAGCCAUGGCUUCGCAUCAGGACUGGUUCCGCCUCUUUUAUGAGGGGCUCUUCUGGCUCGUUGUAUCUCUCCUACUCUCCGUGUUCCUCUAUACCGCCGCACGGAAAACCCAAAGGAACCUCGUCUCAGAGGAGGCGAACGGCCGCAGCAAGGAUAUGACGCUCGAAGAAGCGUAUCUCGUCAAAACCAGGAUCGCCGAGCGCGAGUUCCCCUUCGUCUUUUCCGCUGCGACGAACGCCGUGUUCUUCAAGGCCGAAGGGAUCCCCUCCAUAGCCAAGCUCGUCGCGCGCGCCGCACGGCGCUCUACACCCCGGAAGGGACCCAGCGCAGCACCGCUAGACCUCCUCGGCCGCCCCGGCGCGUCCGCCACGAAAGCCGCCGUCGAUCGCGUCAAUUACAUCCACAGCUUCUACCGGCCGUCGGGCAAGAUGUCCGACGACGACCUGCUGUAUGUCCUCUGCCUCUUCGCGCUCGAGCCGAUCCGGUGCGUCGAGAGGUUCGAGUACCGCCGUUUGACGGCGCUGGAGCGUCGUGCGCUGGCGACGCUGUGGAAGGCGCUUGGAGAGGAAUUGCGCAUCCCGUUUGAUAGGUUGGGGGAGGGUGGCGGUGAUGCGCUGGAGUGGCUUGCGGAGCUGGAGCGUUGGGGACAGGAGUAUGAAGAAAGGUUCAGGGAGAAGACGCCUGAGAGCGUCUUCCUCGGCGAGAAGCAGUUGGACGCUUGGGUGAGCGGUGUACCGCUGUUCUUCUUGAGGCGCUGGGCUCGCGAGUGUGUUGCUGUGCUUAUUGAGCCUGGGCUUCGGCGGGCUAUGGGUAUCGAGACACCCUCGACGCUGGCCGUGGUUCUUGUGGAAUCGGUUAUCGGCGCCCGCAAGUUCAUACGGCGUUGCCUCUGUACCCUGUGGUGGUAGAUCUGUGACCGUGGACGUCGCCGAACAGACAGGGAAAUGGACACAUGCACUCUAGAAAGGGUUUCAUGUGUUUGAUUGUGAAUCUAGUAUACCAUCAAGAUACUGCCAAGGUAUUAGAGGCAAGCGUUUUGGGA